AUGUCCGAUCAAGAGAACUCGCAGCCGACUCCCUCCACCUCAUCGCCAGCUCCAGCAGAGUCCUCCUACAGAGAAGCCACUCGCUCUCUGAAGCUCGACCCAGAAGGCGUAGUCAUGCUCGGCCAUGACGGCGUGAUGCGUUCCUUCGACGGCUCCUACGAGCGCAACGUCGUUGACGCCGUUGCAUUCAGCCCAGCUCAAAUAAAAAACUUUCUCGACAGAUUUCCAGAGCCCUGGAGCCAGGAGACUGAAGACAAGUUUCGUGGAGUAGAUGGACGGAAUGUCGUUGGAGAAGAAGCGCUCUUUCAUCCGGCGGAUGAUCUGCGUCCGCCGAAGUAUACCGAGGAGGAUAAGGUGAGGUUGAGCAAGGAGGUGGAGGAGAAGAAUCGUCAAUUGAGGGAGAAGAUUGAGAAAGAGAAAAGCGAAGGGGUAGAUGUUGCGGCAAAGUAUGCUUGUGGGAGGGUGACAAAUGAUUAUGAUUUGAGUCCGAAGGGGGUAUAA